UCUAGUAUUAUUAACUAAUAAAGUAAACAAUAACAUAACGAAUAAAUCGUCAAAUUAAUUUACUGCGAUGAACGCCGUGAUAGCGCUGUGCCACUUUUGCGAAGCGCACGGUCCCUGCGCCAUUUUCUGCACCCAGACGCUAAGAGACACGAAGCUGGAGGACCUGUCCCUGGAGCAACAACAGCAGACCACGAAAUCCUGCUCUGCCUGCAACUACUCGAUGGGCAAGAAUAACAAUGCCAUUUAUAGCCGCGACACGGAGAGUGGAGCAACUUUCGUAAGCACGAAGGUGGCGGUGCUGCCGGAAGUUGCCAAUCUGGUCAAGCAGGCAGCAGUCUUGAGUCUGAGCAAUGGUACGGAUGCCAGCAAGGAUGGCGAGUUCGUUUUCUUCGGGGAUUCGGCCAGGGGGCAUAUUUUGAGCCACACAUUUCGAGUAAGCGACCUGCAGGCCCGUGGCUACUCUCAACUCUUCUCUAUCAUUGUCCUGAUGAAAGAUAAGUACUUCCUGCUGAACAUCAAGCCCUUUCUGGCUGAGCAUUUGAAGAAGGUUUCAACGGAGCUGCAGGCGGCUGCAAAAAAGACCAAAGAGACGGAGGAGUUGACCUGCUCGGAAAGGCAGAGGCGCCUAUCCGGUGCCCAGUUUCUAAUGCACACGUCCCGUUCUUUGCUGGAACUCACAGGCGAAGAGCACAUCUUUGCCCAGCUGCACUCGCAUUUUUCUUGGCUUCUGCUGGCCGGAUCCCGCUUCCUAACCGAGCACGUUACUUUCGGCAACCUUCCUUGGUUACCACCACAAAGUAGUGGCCGUCCUCCCGCACAAACACUCACAUACAACAGUUCCACGCUUCCCAUGAUCGAAAGCAUUGAUGACCCAGAUCUGGAGGAGUUCUUUUCGCUGCGCCAUCUGAAGAGUGUUGUGCGAAAAGAUGAGUUUGCUACGGUGUGUUUUUGCGCAUUGACUGGAGUCAAAAUUGUAGUCCGAGGGGAUCCAAUGAAGACCUUCCGUUUCAUGGUCUGCCUUAAGAAACUCCUGCCCGAGCCCAUGCACAAUCUAAUGCGUAUCGAUGCCCAGCAUCAGCAUUCUAUCAGCUCCGAGUACAAGAUCAUUUCGGUCUCCAAUGAUAUAGCCGUGCCCAUGGCAAGUAGCUCCGUAUAUCGGAUCGACUUUCUGGACAAACACGUCAACGGACACGAAAUGUCAGUCAAAUGGCCAGGAGAGCUGCCACGAAAAUUGCCAGAUCUCAUGGUAAAACUUCUAAAGGCGGUUGAGGAAAAGAACUUUACAGAGUUGGUACUGAACAAGCAGACCAAGGUGCUAAUCGAAGAAUGGAAAAACAAAGUGACCUGCCUUAACCAUGCCAAAUCCACUAGCGUCCAGGGAAAGCUGAAGAAGGUCCUCGGUGUGCAGCCACAGGAUCAACCGUUGAUAAACUACUGGAGCGCGCACCUUCACUAAGAUUACAGAUUAAGGACAUUCGUUUUCACCUUUUGGAAUAAAACUUUUUUAUUGCCGCGCUGCUUAAGCGACGACGAAAAAAAUCAA